AUGUUCCGCACACCGAAUCCGUUUGAGGAGCUCGUCAACAAGGCGACAGAUGAGAAUCUAACGACCGAAAACUGGGACCUAAACCUGGCACUAUGUGACAGACUUGCAUCGAAUGAUGAGAGUGAUGCACGAAAGUGCUUGGCGGCGAUACAAAAGCGCAUUUCGAAUCGAAAUGCAAACGUUCAAUUGUACGCCAUCACGCUUACAGACACAUUGUCGAAGAAUUGUGGUGAUGCCGUGCACCACGAGAUAGCAUCGCGAGCAUUUAUGCAGACUCUUAGCAAAGUGGUGCAAGAUCCAAAUACGCACAAGCUCGUCAAGCAGCGAAUUCUGCGCACGCUCAUGUCAUGGCGUGAUGAAUUUAGCAAAGAUGACACUCUUGGCCUCGUCGCUGAAACUGUGCACGAGUUGCGUGAAGAGUACUAUGACCUGGAUGAAGAGCCUUCUCCCAGAACACAGGCACACCAAUCAGAGGAAGAUGAGCUUCAGCGUGUGUUAGCAUUGUCUUUACAUGAUCAAGGUGGUCGUGGAACGAAUGCGAAUCAUAGCUCGUCGUCAGGGUCGGGGCCAUCGACGAGUUUUGUACCGCAGCGUGCUGUUUCCCCGCCUCUACCUACAGCAACAACAGAUCGUUCGUCGACCUCGCGAUUUAGUAUGCCAAAUCCGUAUGACAUCGACGCGGCGCAGGAUUCUGCAUCUGUUGACCAGGGCGAAUCGUCUGUGAUGCCUGUUGCCCAGACGACUACGACUCAAUCAGCUGCUUCGUCAGGGCCUUACGCCACAAUAGCGCGACGGACGGCGUCGGCACGGCCUGCAUUUGUGCGAGCUUUGUACGACUUUGAGCCUGAUGAGCCUGGUGAGCUCGCAUUUCGACGUGGCGAUGUCGUGCGUGUGUUGGACAGCGUUUAUGAGCAAUGGUGGCGUGGUGAGCUUCGGCAUCAAGUGGGCAUUUUCCCUGUCAACUACGUGGAGGCUAUGCCUGACACGACGCCUGACAUGAUCCAUCAAGAGCAGGAGCUGGAGCGUCUGGUUUUUACGAAUGCAUCUGACAUACAUGUGCUUCAUGCGCGUCUUCAGCAACUGCGUCCCACCGAUAACUUUGUGGAUGAUGAUGAGCUGCAGGACCUUUACCAACGGUCGCUUGCACUUCGACCAAAAAUCAUCCGCUUAAUGGAGACUUAUCACACCAAGGUGCAGGAGCUCCGAUCUUUAAACGACAAGUUCGUUCGUGCACGAUCGAUGCUAGACGACCUAAUCCAGCAGCACGUCUCUACACCGAUAUCCGCAGAGCCCAGCAAACAAGACACUGCGGCAGCACUGGCAACGGCAGCACCAGCGGCCUCAGGAUCCGUAUCCAAUGUGGUGCCUCAAGAAGACGAGAAACGACGUCUCUUUGAGCGUGCACGAGCCGAGGUCGAGGCGUACCAGCGCGAGCAGCAAGCACACAGUGCACUGGAGACCGCCUCACCAGGAGCUGCUGGAGCAGCAGGGCUAGGUGCCGGAGGGCGAUCUGAUGUGAUGCAUCAUGCAAAUGAGCUGGAUGGCCUGUUGUUCGGGCCACCCUAG